AUGAGCAGACUGAAUUUUUUUGUUCAGGAUGUUAUAAGCUACAUGGAGAAAGUCUUUUGUGUCAACAACUUGAUUAGUCAAGUAGAGAAUGGAACGUCAGCACAUCAACAAUCUUCCUCGGUUUCAAAAUCUACUUCUCUAGCGAGCAAUCCGACUGCGACCGAUUCUUCACAUAUGGAUUCUGUUGCUGCAAAUACAUUAGAAAAUUCUUUAGCCAGAACUUUGUCUGAAGAAGCACUUGAAGAUGAAUCAUUGCAGCUGCUAUCUUUUCUUAACAUCAGCGGGCAAAACCUUCAGAGACUUUCUGGCAUUUCAUCUUCACAUGACCUUUCAAGAAGCCAAUCCGAGAACUCCUUAUCAGUUGCCGAUUUAAGGCUUAAGCUGCACCUUUACAAAGUUCAUUUUUUGCUUCUCACGCGGAAUCUCAAAGCAGCCAAGCGUGAAGUCAAGAUGGCGAUGAAUUUAGCUCGUGGCAAGGAUUAUUCGCUCGCCCUUUAUUUAAAAUCUCAGCUCGAAUAUGCCCGCAGGAACCAUCGCAAAGCAAUCAAACUUCUGAUGGCAUCAAGUAAUCGAACAGAGACAGGAAUCUCUAGCAUGUACUACAACAACCUCGGGUGUAUCUAUUAUCAACUGGGGAAGUAUCACACAUCGGGUAUAUUCUUUUCCAAAGCACUAAAGAGCUGCUCGCUUUUGCGUAAAGAGAAACCUCCGAAACUCCUAACUCUGUCCCAGGAUAAGUCCCUUCUGAUAGCUUAUAAUUGUGGUAUGCACGCAUUUGCCUGUGGCAGACCUUUCCAUGCCACACGCUGUUUUCAAAAGGCCAGCCUAAUUUUUUACAACAGACCCCUUCUAUGGUUACGAAUUGCUGACUGCUGUCUGAUGGCUCUGGAAAAGGGUCUGACAACCCCAAAUGUUUCGGCUCCCAGCAGGUCUGAUAUCAGAGUCAACGUUAUUGGCAAGGGAAAAUGGAGGCAUCUUGCUUUGAGUUAUGGGCACUCAACGAGUGGGUUGGAAUGUGAUGAUUCGCCUGUGAGUGAUGGAAAACAGCCCGAGCUCUCGAUAUCUCUUGCGUGGCAUUGUCUUGUCAAUGCUUUGUAUCUGUUGGACUCCUCCAAGGCAAAGUAUUCUGUUUGUGGUUCGCCACUUGGUACUACGGAAAACGAGUUGAAAGAAAUAAUGCUUCCAACAAACCACAAGAAUGUUGGGGAUGGUGACCCCAAGGAAUCUAUUUCAUCAUCUGGUCUGGGUCAAGUUAUUUCAAAUGGCCAAGUGAAAGAGCAAAAGAGUGGAAACAAUUGGAGUGCAUCACUACAGAACUCUGUAAAUGACUUUGACAACAUUUGUAUGAAGGAGAACCAUAUGAUGAAGCAAGCCGUGCUGGCCAAUUUGGCUUAUGUCGAGCUGGCGCUGGGAAAUCCGCUGGAAGCCCUGUCGACGGCAAAGUCCCUUUUGGAACUUCCUGAAUGUUCAAGGAUAUACGUCUUUCUGGGGACUAUAUAUGCUGCCGAGGCUCUGUGCCUACUAAAUCAGCCCAAGGAAGCAGCUGAACGCCUGUUGAAGUAUGUUUCAAGCGGGAAUCUUGUUGAGCUACCUUAUAGCCGAGAAGACUGUGAAAAGUGGAAAAUGGAAAAAGUGGUUGACAACGAUGAUUCAAGAAGUGCACAGGCAGCUGAUGAAUCCCAGGGAUCAUCUGUGUUUCUUAGUCCUGAAGAGGCACGUGGAGUAUUGUUAGCGAAUUAUGCUGCCAACUUGGCUUUGCUGGGAGACCUCGAGCGGGCUCAGCAUUUUGUAACCAAGGCUUUAUCCGAUAUACCUAAAAGUCCACAAGCUAUACUUACAGCGAUUUAUUUGGAUCUCAAGUGCAGCAGGACACAAGAAGCUAUUGAGAAGUUGAAACAGCAUGGUGCUGUUAGGUUUUAUCGGGAAGUUUUUAGUUGA